UUUAGUUUGAUUGGUUGAUUUGGACUGCCUGUCAUUGAACCACGACGCCUAUUGGUGGAGCCGGCGUCACUCAGUUGUUGUGAACCCGCCUUCUGUGUUUGCAGUUUCAUGAGUGGAAACGUCUGUAGCGGCAAACCAUAAACACAAGUAGAGGUGCGUGAAGCCCCGUGUCAGCCGCCAGCAUGUCUGGCACUGCGUCUGUGCUGCAACAGUUUGUGAGCGGCCUCAAGAGUCGCAAUGAAGACACGCGGGCCAAAGCUGCCAAAGACCUUCAACACUACGUCACCACUGAACUAAGAGAGCUGAGCCAAGAUGAAGCUACGACUUUCUAUGAUGAACUGAACCACCAUAUAUUCGAGCUGGUUUCCAGCUCAGAUGUGAACGAGAAGAAAGGUGGUAUCCUUGCCAUAGUGAGUUUGAUCGGUGUGGAGGGGGGAAAUGCCACCAGGAUCAGCCGCUUUGCCAACUACCUGCGUAACCUGCUGCCCUCCAGUGAUUCAGUGGUCAUGGAGAUGGCCUCUAAGGCUAUGGGACACCUGUCCAUGGCAGGAGAUACCUUCACUGCAGAAUAUGUGGAGUUUGAGGUGAAAAGAGCUCUGGAGUGGCUGGGAGCUGACCGAAAUGAAGGCAGACGGCACGCAGCGGUGCUGGUUUUGCGGGAGCUCGCUGUCAGCGCGCCCACCUUCUUUUUUCAGCAGGUUCAGCCGUUCUUUGACAACAUCUUCUAUGCGGUGUGGGACUCCAAACAGGCGAUUCGUGAAGGUGCGGUAUCUGCCCUCAGAGCCUGCCUGAUCCUCACAACCCAGAGAGAGACCAAAGAGAUGCAGAAACCUCAGUGGUACAAGCAAACGUUUGAGGAAGCUGAGAAAGGUUUUGAUGAAACCCUGGCUAAGGAGAAAGGGAUGAACAAAGACGACCGUGUGCACGGAGCCCUGCUGAUUCUCAAUGAACUGGUUCGAAUAAGCAGCAUGGAGGGAGAGCGUAUGAGAGAGGAGAUGGAGGAGAUCACGCAGCAGCAGAUGGUUCAUGAUAAGUACUGUAAGGAGCUGAUGGGUUUCGGCGCUAAACCUCGUCACAUUACGCCCUUCACCAGCUUCCAGUCAGUUCAGCCGCCGCAGUCCAAUGCUCUGCUGGGUCUGCUGGGAUACAGCGCACCCCAGGGUUUCCUGAGCUUUGGUGCUACACCCGUUCCCUCCAAAAGCACGCUGGUGGAGAGUCGAUACUGCAGAGAACUGAUGGAGGAACGCUUUGACCAGGUGUGUCGUUGGGUGCUGAAAUACAGGACCAGUAAGAAUCCACUGAUUCAGAUGACUAUCCUGAACCUGCUGCCACGACUCGCUGCCUUUCAGCCUAACACAUUCACCGACCAGUAUUUACAGGACACUAUGGGUCACCUACUGGGCUGCCUGAAGAAAGAGAAAGAGCGCACAGCAGCGUUUCAGGCGCUGGGACUGCUGGUAGUGGCCGUGAGGACCGAAAUUCAACCCUACCUCACCAAGAUCCUCGAGAUUAUUAAAGCUGCACUGCCACCUAAAGACUUUGCACACAAGAGGCAGAAGACCAUGCAGGUAGAUGCCACUGUGUUCACAUGUAUCAGUAUGUUGUCCAGAGCCAUGGGGCCCAGCAUCCAACAGGAUGUCAAGGAGCUUCUGGAGCCCAUGUUAACUGUUGGCCUCAGUCCUGCUCUGACCGCCGUGCUAUACGACCUGAGCCGGCAGAUCCCACAACUGAAGAAAGAUAUCCAGGAUGGGCUGUUAAAGAUGCUUUCUCUGGUGCUCAUGCACAAGCCCCUGCGGCACCCUGGUAUGCCCAAGGGCCUGGCAUACCAACUGUCAUCGCCCAGCCUCACCAACAUCCCAGAGGCCAGCGACGUGGGCAGCAUCACUCUGGCGCUGCGUACUCUUGGGAGCUUUGAAUUUGAGGGUCACUCUUUGACUCAGUUUGUGCGCCACUGUGCUGACCACUUCUUGAACAGUGAGCACAAGGAGAUCCGGAUGGAGGCGGCACGCACCUGCUCACGCUUGCUGACCCCUUCCAUCCACCUGAUGAGUGGCCAUGGACAUGUGGUCAGUCAAACCGCUGUACAGGUGGUGGCCGAUGUCCUUAGCAAGCUACUGGUGGUGGGCAUCACUGAUCCAGAUCCUGAUAUCCGUUACUGCGUGCUGGCCUCUCUGGAUGAGCGUUUUGAUGCACAUCUGGCACAGGCAGAGAACCUGCAGGCUUUGUUUGUGGCUCUGAACGAUGAAGUUUUUGAGAUACGUGAACUGGCCAUCUGCACCAUUGGCCGUCUCAGCAGCAUGAACCCUGCGUUUGUUAUGCCCUUCCUGCGCAAGAUGCUCAUCCAGAUUUUGACAGAGCUUGAACACAGCGGUGUGGGCCGAAACAAAGAGCAGAGCGCCCGUAUGCUGGGUCACCUGGUGUCCAAUGCUCCCAGACUCAUCCGCCCAUACAUGGAGCCCAUUCUCAAAGCCCUCAUCUUGAAGCUGAAAGAUCCAGACCCCAACCCCGCAGUCGUCAUCAGUGUUUUAGCAACCAUCGGUGAACUUGCCCAGGUGAGUGGGCUGGAGAUGAGGAAAUGGAUGGAUGAACUCUUCCCCAUCAUUAUGGACAUGCUGCAGGACUCCUCCUCAUUGGCUAAACGACAGGUGGCACUUUGGACUCUGGGUCAGCAAGUUGCCAGUACUGGCUAUGUGGUGGAGCCCUACAGGAAGUACCCGUCUCUACUGGAGGUGCUACUCAACUUUCUGAAAACAGAGCAGAACCAGGGCAUCAGGAGAGAGGCCAUUCGUGUCUUAGGCCUGCUUGGAGCUCUGGACCCCUACAAACACAAGGUGAACAUCGGUAUGAUCGACCAAUCUCGCGAUGCCUCAGCCGUCAGCCUCUCGGAGUCCAAGUCCAGCCAGGAUUCAGCUGACUACAGUACCAGUGAGAUGCUGGUCAACAUGGGCAACCUGCCACUAGAUGAGUUCUACCCGGCAGUCGCCAUAGUGACGCUGAUGCGUAUCCUCCGUGACCCAUCACUGUCCAAUCACCACACCAUGGUGGUGCAGGCCGUCACCUUCAUCUUCAAAUCGCUCGGCCUAAAAUGCGUGCAGUUCUUGCCCCAGGUCAUGCCCACCUUCCUGAAUGUCAUCAGGGUGUGUGAUGCCAGCAUCAGAGAGUUUCUUUUCCAGCAGAUGGGAAUGGUUGUGUGCUUUGUCAAGAUCCACAUCCGGCCGUACAUGGACGAUAUCUUCACCCUUAUCCGGGAAUACUGGACUCCAAACAAUCCCAUGCAGAACACCAUCAUACUGCUGAUCGAGCAGAUCGUGGUGGCUUUAGGUGGAGAGUUCAAACUCUAUCUCCCUCAGCUGAUCCCACAUAUGCUGCGAGUCUUCAUGCACGACGGGAGCCCUGGACGCAGUGUCACCAUCAAGCUGCUCGUGGCCAUCCAGCUGUUUGGCGCAAACCUGGACGACUACCUUCACCUGCUGCUGCCGCCCAUAGUUAAACUGUUCGAUGCCCCCGAUGUCCCACUGCAGGCUCGAAAGGUGGCUUUAGAGACUUUAGACCGCUUGACUGAGUCUCUGGACUUUACGGAUUAUGCCUCCAGAAUUAUUCACCCUAUCGUGCGCACCCUCGACGUCACUCCGGAGCUGCGAAACACCUCAAUGGACACGCUGUCCUCGUUGGUCUUUCAGCUUGGCAAAAAGUACCAGAUCUUCAUCCCCAUGGUGAACAAAGUCAUGUUGAAACAUCGCAUCAACCAUCAACGUUAUGAUGUUCUCAUCUGUCGAAUCGUAAAGGGUUAUACUCUAGCAGAAGAGGAAGAAGACCCUCUAAUAUUUCAGCACAGACAGUUACGUAGUAAUCAAAGCGAUACUCUGGUUAGUGGUCCGGUUGAAUCGGGACCAAUGAAGAAACUACAUGUCAGCACGACAGCACUUCAAAAGGCGUGGGGUGCAGCCAGGAAAGUGUCCAAAGAUGAUUGGCUGGAGUGGUUGAGACGUCUCAGCGUGGUUUUACUGAAAGAAUCGUCCUCACCUGCUCUGCGUUCCUGUUGGUCUCUGGCACAGACGUAUAUACCACUUGCAAGGGAUCUUUUUAAUGCAGCGUUCCUAUCAUGCUGGUCAGAGCUCAGUGAAGACCAGCAGGAUGAACUGAUUCGCAGUAUUGAGCUCGCUCUGACCUCUCAGGAUAUCGCUGAGGUCACCCAGACGCUGCUCAACCUCGCUGAGUUUAUGGAACACAGUGACAAGGGCCCGCUUCCCUUGAGAGAUGACAAUGGCAUUGUUCUGCUGGGAGAGAGAGCCGCUAAAUGUCGUGCCUAUGCCAAGGCCCUGCAUUACAAGGAACUCGAGUUUCAGAAGGGCGCUUCACCUCUUAUUUUAGAGUCUCUUAUCAGCAUCAACAAUAAACUGCAGCAGCCUGAGGCGGCGUCAGGAGUUCUGGAGUAUGCCAUGAAGCAUUUCGGAGAACUGGAGAUUCAAGCCACCUGGUACGAGAAACUUCACGAGUGGGAAGAUGCUCUGGUGGCCUAUGACAAAAAAAUCGACAUGAACAAAGAGGAUCCAGAGCUUAUUCUGGGUCGCAUGAGAUGCCUGGAAGCGCUAGGCGAAUGGGGUCAGCUUCACCAGCAGUGUUGUGAGGAGUGGACUCUGGUCAGUAUGGACACUAAAGCGAAGAUGGCCCGGAUGGCAGCGGCUGCAGCAUGGGGACUGGGGCACUGGGACAGUAUGGAGGAGUACACUUGCAUGAUUCCUCGGGAUACUCAUGAUGGAGCAUUUUACCGGGCUGUGCUCGCUUUACAUCAGGACCUCUUCUCAUUGGCCCAACAGUGCAUUGAUAAGGCCAGAGAUUUGUUGGAUGCUGAGCUCACUGCUAUGGCUGGAGAGAGUUACAGCAGAGCGUAUGGGGCGAUGGUGUCAUGUCAGAUGCUGUCUGAACUGGAGGAAGUGAUCCAGUAUAAACUGGUUCCCGAGCGCAGGGACAUCAUCAGGGAAACAUGGUGGGAGAGACUGCAGGGCUGUCAGCGUAUUGUUGAAGACUGGCAGAGAAUUCUGAUGGUGCGAUCUUUGGUCAUCAGUCCACAUGAAGACAUGAGAACCUGGUUGAAGUAUGCUAGUCUAUGUGGAAAGAGUGGACGACUGGCGCUGGCCCAUAAGACACUUGUUCUUCUGCUGGGUGUUGACCCAUCCAAACAGCUCGAUCAUCCUCUGCCCACUGCCCACCCGCACGUCACCUAUGCUUACAUGAAGUAUAUGUGGAAGAGCAAUCGCAAGAUUGAUGCAUUUCAGCACAUGCAGCAUUUUGUUCAGGGGAUGCAGCAACAAGCGCAGCACGCCAUUGCAGCUGAAGACCAGCAGCACAAACAAGAGCUACAUAAACUCAUGGCACGGUGUUUUCUGAAGCUGGGAGAAUGGCAGCUCAGUCUUCAGGGUAUCAAUGAGAGCACCAUCCCAAAAGUGCUCCAGUAUUACAGCCACUCCACUGAGCAUGAUCGCAACUGGUACAAGGCGUGGCACGCUUGGGCAGUCAUGAACUUUGAGGCCGUGCUUCACUACAAGCACCAGAAUCAGGGUCGCGAUGAGAAGAAGAAGCUACGGCACGCGAGCGGGGCCAGCGGCAACAGUGAGGCCAGUAACAGUGACAGUGAAGCAGACAGUGCGGAGCACAGUCCUGUACCUUCACCCGGACAGAAGAAAGUCAAUGAGGAUUUAUCCAAGACUCUCCUUCUCUACACAGUUCCAGCCGUUCAGGGAUUUUUCCGAUCAAUCUCCCUCUCGCGUGGAAAUAACUUACAAGACACACUGAGAGUCCUGACCUUAUGGUUUGACUACGGCCACUGGCCUGAGGUCAAUGAAGCUCUAGUUGAGGGCAUUAAAACUAUUCAGAUAGACACCUGGUUACAGGUGAUUCCUCAACUGAUAGCUCGUAUUGAUACUCCACGCGCACUUGUGGGACGUCUCAUUCACCAGCUGCUCACAGACAUCGGCCGCUAUCAUCCGCAGGCUUUGAUUUAUCCUCUAACUGUGGCCUCCAAGUCCACAACUACUGCACGACACAAUGCAGCCAACAAGAUCCUGAAGAACAUGUGCGAGCACUGCAACACGCUGGUCCAGCAGGCCAUUAUGGUGAGCGAGGAGCUCAUCCGAGUGGCCAUUCUGUGGCACGAGAUGUGGCACGAAGGACUGGAGGAGGCGUCACGGCUGUAUUUUGGCGAGAGGAACGUCAAGGGGAUGUUUGCUGUCCUGGAGCCCCUUCAUGCCAUGAUGGAGAGAGGACCGCAAACCCUGAAAGAAACCUCCUUUAAUCAGGCUUAUGGGCGAGAUCUGAUGGAGGCGCAGGACUGGUGCAGGAAAUACAUGAGAUCAGGCAAUGUGAAGGACCUGACACAGGCCUGGGAUCUGUACUACCACGUGUUUCGCAGAAUAUCCAAACAGCUGCCACAGUUGACUUCAUUAGAACUUCAGUAUGUAUCGCCGAAACUGUUAAUGUGUCGUGAUCUGGAGCUGGCGGUGCCCGGUACAUAUGAUCCUAACCAACCCAUCAUACGCAUCCAAUCCAUCGCUCCCUCGCUGCAGGUCAUCACCUCCAAACAGCGGCCACGCAAGCUCACCAUCAUGGGCAGCAACGGUCAUGAGUUCAUGUUCCUCCUGAAGGGUCAUGAAGAUCUAAGGCAAGACGAAAGGGUCAUGCAGCUUUUUGGUCUGGUAAACACCUUGCUGGCCAAUGAUCCAGCAUCCUUACGCAAGAAUCUAAGUAUCCAGCGAUAUGCAGUGAUUCCUCUCUCUACUAACUCCGGUCUGAUCGGCUGGGUUCCUCAUUGUGACACACUGCAUGCGCUGAUACGAGAUUACAGAGAGAAGAAGAAGAUCCUGCUUAACAUUGAACAUCGCAUCAUGCUCAGGAUGGCUCCUGACUACGAUCACUUGACUCUGAUGGAAAAGGUGGAGGUGUUUGAGCAUGCAGUGAAUAAUACAGCAGGAGAUGACCUGGCCAAACUCCUCUGGCUUAAGAGUCCCAGUUCAGAGGUUUGGUUCGACAGGAGGACAAACUACACCCGUUCAUUAGCUGUCAUGUCUAUGGUCGGUUAUAUCCUAGGGCUUGGUGACAGACAUCCUUCUAAUCUAAUGUUGGACAGACUCAGUGGAAAAAUCCUCCAUAUUGAUUUUGGAGAUUGUUUCGAGGUUGCAAUGACAAGAGAGAAAUUCCCUGAGAAGAUACCCUUCAGAUUAACUCGCAUGUUAACCAAUGCCAUGGAGGUGACAGGAUUGGACGGUAACUAUCGGAUCACAUGCCACACAGUGAUGGAGGUGUUGAGGGAACACAGAGACAGUGUGAUGGCUGUGUUGGAAGCCUUUGUUUAUGAUCCAUUACUUAACUGGAGACUUAUGGACACAAACACGAAGGGAACCAAACGCUCGCGGACCAGAACAGACUCAUACACGGCAGGACAGUCAGUGGAAGCCAUGGAGGGCAUUGACCUGGGUGAGACCACCCACAAAAAGCCUGGGACCACAGUGCCUGAAUCUAUUCAUUCAUUCAUUGGCGACGGACUCGUGCAGCCCGAAGCUUUAAACAAGAAAGCAAUCCAGAUUAUCAACAGGGUACGAGACAAACUAACCGGACGUGACUUUUCCCAUGAUGAGACCCUGGACGUCCCGACUCAAGUGGAGCUGUUAAUCAAACAAGCUACUUCACAUGAAAACCUGUGCCAGUGUUAUAUUGGAUGGUGCCCUUUUUGGUAGAGAUUGUUGUGCCUGCAAUUCUUUGGUUAUCUUUUGUUGUUAACUUGUCUUAUGACAGUUUGAUAAAACUUCCACAUGUUUAAGGAUGUCUGAUAUUUGAUCAUUUAAAGUGAUACUGUAAGUCACACAGAGUAAGAAUCAGCUGAAAUUGAUUUGGAAACAUGUAAACAUUUGCUGACUAGUAAAUUUUUUAAAUGUUAA